AAGACGCAACUCCUUAAGUGUUACUCCUUACCUGAUUGGAAUGGAUCAUCGAGUAAAAGAAAUUAAUUUAUGGUUACAGGACGGAUCAUCGGAUGUUGGAACUUGGAAUAUUGGUGGUUUAUGGGAUUGGUGGAAUAGGGAAGACCACCAUUGCACAAGUUGUUUAUAAUUCAUACUUUAAAAGAUUUAAAGGAAGCAGUUACCUUGAAAACAUCAGAGAAAUUUCUGAAGGGCGCAACGGCUUGGUUCAAAUGCAAAUACAACUUCUCUCUAAUAUUUUGAAUGGGAGAGAAGUGACAGUACGAAGUGUCAGUGAGGGAAUACUUAAGAUUAAAGAUGUCAUAAGUUGUAAGAAGGUUCUUGUUCUCAACGAUGUAGAUCAUUUGAGCCAAUUUGAUGCAAUACUUAGAAUGCGAGAUUGUUUUUAUCAUGGGAGUAAAAUCAUUAUAACAAUUAGAUGUGCAGGGUUGUUCAAGGCUAAUGAGGUUGUUAAGGUGCAUAACGUUGAAACUUUUAAUCAUGAUGAAUCAUUGGAGCUCUUUAGUUGGCAUGCUUUUGGACAGGACCAUCCCAUUGAAGGUUACACGAAACUUUCGAAAAAGGUUGUAAGUAUUAGGGAAUCUCCUAUAUCAAAGGAGAUCAGUUCAUCAACAACUCAAUCUGCUCCAUCAACAACACAAUCGGCUCCUCCGUAUGAAAGUCAAGUGUGA